AUGCGGUUCCUCGCGCAAACAACCGGGGCAAUCUUCACCCUCCUAACAACAACAUCUGCCACAACCAUCCCCCAAUUCAAAUCCGAAGUGCCACAGCCAAACCACACUCACGAGCACGCGAAAGAAUCGCGCUUGUGGGCUACACACUAUAAUGGCCAUGUGUAUACUCUGACCCUUUCGGGCUCCAAUCUUUCUAUUGCCGAUACGCAGAAGACUUGUGGUGCUAUGCCGAGUUGGUUAACAUUUGACUCGGAGAGUAAGAUUCUUUACUGCUCGGAUGAAGAUGGAACUUCUGAUCCUAGUACACAUGGUUCGUUGACUGCAUACCGGGUUGAUGGGCAUGGGGGAAAGUUGGCGCAGAUUGCGAAAACGAAAACUGUUGGAGGUGGAGUCAAUAGUGUGAUUUUUGAGGCGGGGAAGAAGGACAAGUAUAUUGCUAUUGCGCAUUAUGAAGGCUCUGCAAUCUCAACCUUCGCCCUUCCCCUAAAAUCCAACUCCGAAGCCAAACAAACCCUCCCCUUCAACAUGACGCACCAAGGCGCAGUGGCCCAACAAGACUCCCCUCAUCCACACGAGGUCUUCCUCGACCCAACAGGCUCUUUCCUUGUAUCCCCCGAUCUAGGCGCAGAUCUACUCCGCAUCUACAGCAUCGACGCAACAACCGGCCACCUGGGUCUCUGUCCGCCCGUAAACGUGACAUUCGGCUCAGGACCGCGACACGGCGUAUUCUGGACAGACGACCCGAACAAGAACGCCAAUGCCCAGAACGGGGCAUCGACGCACAUGCGUCAGGCUGCGGCCGUCGGGAAGACGAUGAUGUACCUUGUCAAUGAGAUCGGUGGCACGAUGAUGAGUUUUGAUGUGUCGUAUGCGCGGUCUGGAUGUUUGGAUCUGGCGAAGACGCAGACGCUUGUUCCGUAUCCCGGGGGUAAGAUGCCUGAAGGCGCGACGCCAGCGGAGAUUCGGAUGGUUGGGGAGAAGUUUUAUGUUUCUAUUCGCAGUGAUCAGGGGUUCAAGCCUGAUGAUUCGAUUGUUACGCUUGAUCGUCAUGGGAACGGCACUGUAGUUUUGAAAGGGAAGAGCGACGCGUAUGGAAAGGUACCCAGGACUAUGGUGAUCAACCGGAAGGGUGAUCUGGUUGCCAUUGGGGAUCAGAGCACGUCGACCGUGGCCAUUGUUCAGCGAGACCACAAGACUGGACACCUGGGGAAGAAGAUUGCUGAUCUGCAGGUUGGUGAGCCUGGGAAGGUUGGAACUGCGGAGGGAUUGAGCAGUGUUAUUUGGGAGGAUUAG